CAUGUACUUCCGGGACACGUCAACAAAGUGGCUGCACAGACGGAUCUCAGCCGGCGGCAGCAGCUCUACUGCGGCGAUAGGCAGUAUUUCUACAAACCAUGGAGACUUUAUACAGCAUACCGUUUUCUGUGCUCGAAUGUCCGAAUAUAAAACUGAAGAAACCCUCAUGGCUGCACAUGCCGUCGGCUAUGACUGUGUACGCGGUCGUUAUUGUGUCCUACUUUCUCAUCACGGGAGGUAUCAUCUAUGAUGUUAUUGUGGAGCCACCAAGUGUGGGAUCAAUGACUGAUGAGCACGGGCACCAGCGGCCAGUUGCCUUUUUGGCAUACAGGGUAAAUGGCCAGUACAUUAUGGAGGGACUGGCCUCCAGCUUCCUCUUCACGAUGGGAGGUCUGGGCUUUAUAAUCCUGGACCGCUCCAAUGCACCAAACAUUCCCAAACUCAACCGCUUCCUGUUGCUCUUCAUCGGUUUUGUCAGUGUCCUCCUCAGCUUCUUCAUGGCCAGAGUGUUCAUGCGCAUGAAGCUGCCAGGAUACCUCAUGGGCUGAAGACACAGACGGCACGCUUCAACAAACCGAUUCGGGUGGCCAGAUGACAUUAAAUGUGUGGGGUGUGGGGGUUCAGCCCAACAGGAGUUCAGCUAAAAUUAUGGUGAAACUCUACCUUUGAUAUAAUCAAGAAUCAUUAAGGACUGAAAGCACUGACCUUGCUGAAUAAAUUAGACCCGGUCGCACUGACAGUCUCACACUGGCUGUGCCUCAUUAGUGUUCAGUGACUUUUUUCCCUCCUCCUCUCUCCUCCAAUGUUCCAAACAGAAUAGUGUAACAGGUCCUUUGGGACUUUAGCAGACCUCUUCCUUCAUGGUUAGAUCUAGCAGUAAUGCGUUUGGUACUGGCACAUCAUUAAAAUCGCUUUUCUCAUGUUUCCUCAACAAAACCAGGAGAACUGUGCGGAAAAAAAAAUCAGCUAUUUUUCAGUCUACUGAAUCUGGGGGAAUCUAACAUUUAAUUCUCAUUUCCCUGAGGGUAGCUAGAAGUACUCAGCAGUAGGUGAAGUGUGUCUAAGACGCUGGAGAGGAAAAAGGACAGGAAGUCACUGGACACUUGGGAUGGAGUCAUUGGGGGGGAGGUCUGAAUAAUGUACAUUUGUGUUAAGUCAUUGAGAAAGCCUUGAACCUGUCGCAGUUGCAUUUUUUUACGAGGUUGUGAAAUAAAUCUUCGUUUUCAGA